AUGUCCACAGACAUCCAAAACCUCAAGUCCUUCGAUCCGUUCGCGGAAGCCGAAGACGCCGGUGGAGAAAUAAAGGUUGGGAACCAGCAGAACUAUAUUCAUAUUCGAAUCCAGCAGCGCAAUGGUCGCAAGACCCUAACCACGGUCCAAGGCCUGCCUAAGAAGUUUGACCAGAAGAAGAUCCUCAAAGUGAUCAAGAAGCAGUUUGCAUGCAAUGGCACCGUCGUCGCUGACACGGAGAUGGGCGAGGUGAUUCAGUUGCAGGGCGAUCAGCGCAAGGAUGUGCAGGAUUUCUUGACCAACAAGAAGGAUGGCCUGGGUCUUGAUGUCAAGACUAUCAAGGUCCACGGCUUCUAG